AUGAUUGAAUUUGCUAGAGAAGUUGUAGGACCAAUGCCCAAUGAAGAAACCUCCAACAUGCCAAAACGACAAAGAAAUCUUAGAAGAAUGUUUCUGGGGGCGAUAGGUGAGUUAGAUGAGACUCCCAUACAUGCAGGUGUGCCUGUCGAUCAACAAGCUCGUUAUAGGGGCAAAGGAAGAGAAAAAUAUUAUCUUUGUGAUGCUGCAUAUGCCAACACUCGUAGAUUUUUGACUCCAUAUCGCAAUACAAGAUAUUUGCUAGCUGAUUUUCGACGUCGACUUGCCUUGACCAAAGAAGAAAGAUUCAAUCAUGCCCACGCACAACUCAGAAAUGUUAUCGAACGUGCUUUUGGUGUAUUGAAAGCAAGAUUCCCAAUUUUGAAGCAAAUGGCCCCUUAUCCUUUUCGCAUACAAAGAAACAUUGUAAUUGCUUGCUUCGCGAUCCACAACUUUAUAAGAAGAUGCAACAUGCAGUAUCAAUUAUUCAUGGAUUACGACAAUAAUCCCAUGUUAAUUAAUGAAGCACAAGAACAAAUUGACGGAGGUGAGGAAGAAGAGAUAGAUGCAACACCUUGGGGUCCUCAAGACAGUGAGUACAUGACUAAUUUACGUAAUGAGAUUGCAAAUCAACUGGUGUUAAAUGCUUCAAAUUAG